GGGGUGCUUUGGGGUCAUUAGGGCAAUCUCCUUUCCAAGGGCGAUACCAACAAUUAUUAUUCAUCUGUGAUAGUGGUUGCCAAACAAUUCUAUGUGGUCCUGUACCUUCCUCGUCUGAUGAGGAUUAGGUACUAAAUUCGUCGUCGCUAUCAAUGACAUAUAUCCGACGUCGGGGAAAUACUAUUGUGGGAUACAGGUUAUUUAGUAAGACGUUCUUUAACGCGUAGAAAUACUUUAUUACAAAACUCCGAAACACCCGUGCUAACGCCGUUACAUUGAAAAAGGUACUGACCCCUCGCCCGCUUUCUUACGGACUUUUAUAGCCCUUUUGCCAAGGCGGCAAAGCUAUACAGGAAAGCCCGCACAAAAACGGGCGGGAAAGCUAGCCUCGCGUCGCCAAAAACCGGGAAAAACCCUGGCCGCACAAGUGGCCACCAAAUGUGGGCCCGCUUGCACUUUCACCCGGAGAAAUCUCCGAGUUUAUACCUACGCUUUCUUUAUAUUCGAAUGAUAGCGACGAGGCCGCUGCACUACCACAUCUUCAUCGGACUCAGAAUCUAAUAAAGAAUCAUCGGAUCUAUUAACGCUAAUGCGUCUAAUUCUAAUUCCACAGUUACUCGGUCGCGGUUCCAUGCACGUCUUUUCUUGUGAACAGUUCAAAAAGCUGAUGGAUGCUAGUUGCUUCUUAGGACCAUGGCAUUCAGUGAUAGAUUUAGGAGCAGGUGAUGGCGCAACUACUGCUCAUGUAGCUCAUCUUUUUGAAAAGGUUUAUGCUACCGACAUAUCAGCACCAAUGAGAUGGACUUUAGCAAAAAGGAAAUUCACAUAUAAUACAAUGUGUUGGUUUGCCCAUUGGGAUGUUUUCGGAAGAAGCAAUGGAGGCAUGAAACAAAGAUUUCCGAAAUAUCAAAAGAGACCACACCCGAAAAUUUUCGCGACUGGAAACAUUAACGGACCUUUUUCAAACUUUACUCUAUACAUCCAAUAUUUUAAUAUCUUCAGUUUCGGCAAAAAUCAGAAAAAACUAUAAAACGCGUUCCCGUUUUAAUAUUUUCAAAGAUGAAAUAGAAAAAUUAAUAUUACAAGAAGACCUACAAGACGACGACGAGUACGAUGACACAUAAAUAAUAAUAAAUAAAUUUUAGAUUAAUAAGUUAAUAUAUUGU